ACUUUAGUGUGUUGACAUGCUUGAUUUUGUGCCAAAUAAAUUUAUAAAAACAGGAAAUUUUUUUUUUAUUUUACAGAACUAUAUUUUAUGUUUUGUAAGUUAAAAUUGUUGAGUUUGUGUUUCCAACUGCCUAAUCAUAUUUAAAAGACUUUAAUUAAUAGAAGACAUACUACAGUAUAGUGUGGCUGUGAUCAUGAAAUUUGUUUUAGAGCGUGCCACAGCCACUAGUGGAAGACUAGGUUAUAUACGUGCCUCAAACAAUGGCUGUGAGUGUAAACUUCCAACACCGAUGAUGUUAUUGACAACGCAGACUGGAAGCGUCCCUCACCUGACUAAGGAUGCUCUAGAGCGUGUGCUCGACAGCAGCAGGAAACACAGUGCAGCGCCGGCAGCCAAAACAAAAGCAACACACGAGAGCCUGGAGCCGGGCAAACCUGUGCUCUCCGUACCCGUGCAGCAUUUCCUCAACUCUCACGAGGCUCUCCUGGCAUACAAUAAAGGGUUUACUUCAUUUGUGGGACUUCCUGGACACUGCGUGUUAGCCACAGCUCAGUGUUCUCUGACAGCCCCCAGAGGCGGCUACAACAACUCCCAGGGCGUGAGCGUGUGGACUCGCAGUGGCAGGGCUUACCUCAAGCCCAAAAUGUACAUGCAGCUCGUGGAUGCAGUAGAUGCUGUAUGGUGUGAGGCACUGCACGACGCGGAUACUCCCCCACAGUGCAGUAACAAGAGGCUUGCCAAGAGUCUCGCCUCCUCAUAUAAAUACCUCGAGGAAUGCCUGCACGCUGCCCAGGGGAGACAUGUAGGGCUGCUGGUGCCGCUGCUGGGGGGCUGGGUGCUGGAGCAACGCCAACGCUGGGCCGAUAAAGUCAAGAGGCUGUUGAAGCAAGACGCGGGGGCGACGCGUGUCGUCGGAUACACUCUCGGUGGGCUGUCCGGCUUCGGGGCUGAGGCAGAGACUCUCAACCCUGACCAGUCCCUCCGCACCCUCUUGAGGGCUUCCCUUGUGAGUACUAGCCCUUCUCAGGGCUUCCCUUGGUGGGGUUUCCCUCCCUCUGAGGUGGUGGGUUUCCCUCCCUCUGAGGGGAUGGGUUUCCCUCCCUCUGAGGGGGUGGGUUUCUCUCCCUCUGAGGGGGUGGGUUUCCCUCCCUCUGAGAGGGUGGGUUUCCCUCCCUCUGAGAGGGUGGGUUUCCCUCCCUCUGAGUCGGUGGGUUUCCCUCCCUCUGAGGUGGUGGGUUUCCCUCCCACUGAGGGGAUGGGUUUCCCUCCCUCUGAGGGGGUGGGUUUCUCUCCCUCUGAGGGGGUGGGUUUCCCUCCCUCUGAGGUGGUGGGUUUCCCUCCCUCUGAGGGGGAGGGUUUCCCUCCCUCUGAGAGGGUGGGUUUAUCUCCCUCUGAGGGGGUGGGUUUUCCUCCCUCUGAGGUGGUGGGUUUCCCUCCCUCUGAGGGGGUGAGUUUCCCUCCCUCUGAGAGGGUGGGUUUCCCUCCCUCUGAGGGGGAGGGUUUCCCUCUCUCUGGAGGAGGGUGGGUUUCCCUCCCUCUGGAGCGCAAGAAGCGACACGACGACGCGGCCGCCACGUCAGACGAGGAAGACGAGGAGCGGCCGUACGAACUGAACCUCAACCUUGCGUGUUACGCUGGUAGCAGCAGCGUGCUACUUCCAGGCUGCAACUGCUACACCUGCAGCAGCGGCUACACCAGAGGCUACAUUCACCACCUCUGUAGCAGCCGCGAGAUGUUGGCGCCCGUUCUACUACAAAUGCACAACCUGCACCACAUGUUGGGGUUCAUGGAGGCCAUCAGGGCGGCCGUAGCACAGGACAGCCUGCAAGACCUGAAGGAGAUCUUGCUGGGGUCCUACAGACCCCUCCGCUCCACUCCUGAGGAAACCCAGUCCCCAUCUGAGGUGUCCUCUGAGGGCCUGGACUGUCCACAUGAAGCGGCGAGUCCUCAUCCAAAAGAUGGUGUAACUGAUCCGAAUUUUGGGGAGGUUGAGCUGAAUGUUGCUGAACAUUCUGACGGUGUUUCGCUGAAUGGUGCGCGGCACGCUUGAAGGGAUGCACAUCCGUCCCGAAAAAUGUGUUUGUGUGUGAUUGCUCAUCCUGGUAGUGGCAACUAGGUAAGGGAGGGGGUGAUACUAGGUCAGUUUUU